AUGGCGCCCUCUAAGCAGAAAGCCCAGAAGAUGUCUCUGGGCAACUUCUUGGCCGAUGAGAGAACAGACUUCGGUUCUUGGGCCGACGAGAUGGAAGACAUGCCUUUGCCUUCCGCUCCCGCUCCGUCCAGCUUCGGUCGCUCUGCUGCGCCUUCUUCUGGCUUCGGAAGCAGCUUUGGUGGUGAUCGUGAGCGUGGUGGCUACGCCGUGAGAGAGCCCCUUCCUCUUCCGACCCAGCCCCCCUACACUGCCCAUGUUGGAAACCUGUCCUUUGAUGCGACUGCCGCCGAUAUCUCCGACCUCUUUGCCGACUGUGGUGUUACCAACGUCCGUAUCGUGGAGGACAAGUUGACCAAGGCCCCCAAGGGCUUCGGAUAUGUCGAAUUUGAGACUGUUGAUGGUCUGAAGAAGGCUCUUGAUCUUUCCGGCGCUACCCUCCAGGGACGUUCCAUCCGCACCAGCAUUGCCGAACCUCCCAAGGAACGUGAUGUCAAGGAGUUUGACUGGACCCGCAGAGGUCCUCUGCCCGAUAUUCCUCAGCGCCGUGUGCCCGAUCGCUCCUCUUUCGGACGCAACCUCGACAACAUGUCUGAUGCCGGCAGCGACCGCGGUAGUGGCCGCCGCAGCAACUUUGAGAGUGAUGGAAAGUUCCGUGAUUUCAGCAACUGGGAACGCAAGGGCCCUCUCUCUCCCCCGCCUGCACCUGUCCGGGAAGGUGGCCGUCCCCGCAGCAACGAAGCACCUGGUUUCAGAAGAAGCUCCCCCGCCUGGGGUGAGGGACGCUCCCAGGAUGGCUCCCGCCCCCCGAGACGCGAAUUUCAAGAACGCACCCCCACCGCUGCUGAACUCGAUAACGCAUGGAGAUCCAAGAUGCGCCCCGAUCAGCCCGCCAAGGAGGCCAGCAACCCUCCCUCUCCUGCUGCCGCUCCUGCCGCCCCCGCUACUCGCCCUCGCUUGAACCUCCAAAAACGGACUGUGACUGAGGCCGUCUCCAGCCCCACCGCGAACACCGAGUCCAAGGCUAGCCCGUUCGGAGGUGCUCGCCCGAUUGACACUGCCGCUCGCGAGAAGGAGGUUGAGGAACGUCGCCAGAUUGCCAUCCGCCAAAAGAAGGAAGCGGACGAGAAGGCCAAGGCCGAGAAGCCUGAGAAGUCUGAGAAGACCGAAAAGCAGCGUCCUGCCAAGGAGCAGCCCAAGGCUGAGAAGACCGGUGCGCCGGCUGAUCCCAACGGCCGCGAUGUCGCCGAGCACGCCCAGGGUGGCACGAACUUCGAGAUCCUCCGGCGGGCCGGUGAGGACGAGAGCGGUAUGACUGCCGAUCAGGAUCAGAGCGAGGAGGCUGCUGCCAAGAAAGCUGAAGCCUCGACCGACGCUCCCGCCAGCAAGGCGAACGGCAACUGGAGGGCUGGGCCUGCCGAGGCUGGAGCCGACGACGAGGGCUGGAGCACCGUGAGCUCGAAGCAGCGCAACAACCGCCGUGGCGGCCGCACGUUUGCAUAGAUCAAUGGAUACCCCCCAAGCUCGUCAUCGCUUGACCGAAAAUCGUGCGCCAUGGUCCCCGAAGUGCGUGUCAUAAAGCGACCAGACUUUGCUUCUAGCCCAUGUUGGGUCGCCGAAUUGCCGCGCAACACUCGUGGGGAUGGCCAGGUGGAUUUUGGUUAACGUCGAUGUCCGUUUGUUUUGUUGUUCAGAGUCGUCCUC